CCGGGGAGCGUGGAGAAGCCAGCUCCGGCGAGCCGCGGGGGCCGGGAGACGAGGUGGUGAGAGGUGGAGUCCCGGGAGGGUGGGGGGCCGAGGGAGGCAGGAGGAAGGUGGGGACAGGCGUUUCUCCUCCUCUCCCCCACCCCGCGCCGGGCUCCGCCCCCGCCUCCUCCGCGGGGUGCUCCUCUCCGCCCCAGGCUGAGACCGGUCCGAGCCCGGGAGGGAGGCCCGGCCGCCUCGCGGGUUGGGCCGUGUCGGCUGGGCUCGGUCCAGUCCUCACGGCCGCCUCUCACUCAGAUGCUGCUCCUGCUGCUGCUGCUGUGGUUGGCGCCGCUCUUCCUCCGCCCCCUGGGCGCGGGCGGGGCGCAGACCCCCAACACCACCUCGGAAGGCUGCCAAAUCAUACACCCGCCCUGGGAAGGGGGCAUCAGGUACAGGGGCCUGACUCGGGACCAGGUAAAGGCUAUCAACUUCCUGCCGGUGGACUAUGAGAUUGAGUACGUUUGCCGGGGGGAGCGAGAGGUGGUGGGGCCCAAGGUCCGCAAGUGCCUGGCCAACGGCUCCUGGACAGACAUGGACACACCAAGCCGCUGCGUCCGAAUCUGCUCCAAGUCUUAUCUGACCCUGGAAAAUGGGAAAGUUUUCGUGACGGGUGGGGACCUCCCAGCUCUGGAUGGAGCCCGGGUGGAUUUCCGAUGUGACCCGGACUUCCAUCUGGUGGGCAGCUCCCGGAGCAUCUGUAGUCAGGGCCAGUGGAACACCCCCAAGCCCCACUGCCAGGUGAAUCGAACGCCACACUCAGAACGGCGCGCAGUGUACAUCGGGGCGCUGUUUCCCAUGAGCGGGGGCUGGCCCGGGGGCCAGGCCUGCCAGCCCGCGGUGGAGAUGGCGCUGGAGGACGUGAAUAGCCGCAGGGACAUCCUGCCGGACUAUGAGCUCAAGCUCAUCCACCACGACAGUAAGUGUGACCCAGGCCAAGCCACCAAGUACCUGUAUGAGCUGCUCUACAAUGACCCUAUCAAGAUCAUCCUCAUGCCUGGCUGCAGCUCCGUCUCCACGCUUGUGGCUGAGGCUGCCAGGAUGUGGAACCUCAUUGUGCUUUCCUAUGGCUCAAGCUCACCAGCCCUGUCAAACCGGCAGCGUUUUCCCACAUUCUUUCGUACUCAUCCAUCAGCCACACUCCACAACCCGACUCGUGUGAAACUCUUUGAAAAAUGGGGCUGGAAGAAGAUUGCCACCAUCCAGCAGACCACUGAGGUCUUCACUUCGACUCUGGAUGACCUAGAGGAGCGAGUGAAGGAAGCUGGAAUUGAGAUUACUUUCCGUCAGAGUUUCUUCUCAGACCCAGCUGUGCCUGUCAAAAACCUUAAGCGUCAGGAUGCCCGAAUCAUCGUGGGACUUUUCUAUGAGACUGAAGCUCGGAAAGUUUUUUGUGAGGUGUACAAGGAACGUCUCUUUGGGAAGAAGUAUGUCUGGUUCCUCAUUGGGUGGUAUGCUGACAAUUGGUUCAAGACCUAUGACCCGUCCAUCAACUGCACAGUGGACGAGAUGACCGAGGCAGUAGAGGGCCACAUCACCACUGAGAUUGUCAUGCUGAACCCUGCCAACACCCGGAGCAUUUCCAACAUGACAUCCCAGGAGUUUGUGGAGAAACUGACUAAACGACUAAAAAGACACCCAGAGGAGACAGGAGGCUUCCAGGAGGCACCACUGGCUUACGAUGCCAUCUGGGCCUUGGCGUUGGCCCUGAAUAAGACAUCUGGAGGUGGCGGCCGCUCAGGCGUACGCUUGGAGGACUUCAACUACAACAACCAGACCAUUACCGACCAAAUCUAUCGGGCAAUGAACUCCUCAUCCUUUGAGGGUGUCUCUGGCCAUGUGGUGUUUGAUGCCAGUGGCUCUCGGAUGGCAUGGACACUUAUUGAACAGCUACAGGGUGGCAGCUACAAGAAGAUUGGCUACUAUGACAGCACCAAGGAUGAUCUUUCAUGGUCCAAAACAGAUAAGUGGAUUGGCGGUUCCCCCCCAGCAGACCAGACCCUGGUCAUCAAGACAUUCCGCUUCCUGUCACAGAAACUCUUUAUCUCUGUCUCGGUUCUCUCCAGCCUGGGCAUUGUCCUAGCUGUUGUCUGUCUCUCCUUUAACAUCUACAACUCCCAUGUCCGUUAUAUCCAGAACUCACAGCCCAACCUGAACAAUCUGACUGCUGUGGGCUGCUCGCUGGCAUUAGCUGCUGUCUUCCCUCUUGGACUGGACGGUUAUCACAUUGGGAGAAACCGUUUCCCCUUUGUCUGCCAGGCCCGGCUCUGGCUCCUGGGCCUUGGCUUCAGUCUGGGCUAUGGCUCCAUGUUCACCAAGAUCUGGUGGGUCCACACGGUCUUCACAAAGAAGGAGGAAAAGAAGGAGUGGAGGAAGACCCUAGAACCCUGGAAGCUGUACUCCACGGUGGGCCUGCUGGUGGGCAUGGACGUCCUCACUCUUGCCAUCUGGCAGAUUGUGGAUCCGUUACACCGAACCAUCGAGACUUUUGCCAAGGAGGAGCCGAAGGAAGACAUUGACGUUUCCAUUCUGCCCCAACUGGAGCACUGCAGUUCCAAGAAGAUGAACACUUGGCUUGGCAUUUUCUAUGGUUACAAGGGGCUACUGCUGCUACUGGGAAUCUUUCUUGCUUAUGAGACCAAGAGUGUGUCCACUGAGAAGAUCAAUGACCACCGGGCGGUGGGCAUGGCCAUCUACAAUGUGGCGGUCCUGUGCCUCAUCACUGCCCCUGUCACCAUGAUUCUCUCCAGUCAGCAGGAUGCAGCGUUUGCCUUCGCCUCUCUUGCCAUUGUUUUCUCCUCCUAUAUUACUCUGGUUGUGCUCUUUGUGCCCAAGAUGCGCAGGUUGAUCACCCGAGGGGAAUGGCAAUCAGAGGCGCAGGACACCAUGAAGACAGGGUCAUCGACCAACAACAAUGAGGAGGAGAAGUCCCGGCUCUUGGAGAAGGAAAACCGCGAACUGGAAAAGAUCAUUGCUGAAAAAGAGGAGCGAGUCUCUGAACUGCGCCAUCAGCUCCAGUCUCGGCAGCAGCUCCGCUCCAGGCGCCACCCCCCGACACCCCCAGACCCCUCUGGGGGCCUUCCCAGGGGCCCCUCUGAGCCCCCUGAUCGGCUUAGCUGUGAUGGGAGUCGGGUUCAUUUGCUGUAUAAAUGAGGGAGGUGAAAGGGGGAACAGUCCACUGGGGGAGGGCAAGGGAGGAGGGCAGGGGUGGGGACUCAGGAGGAGCAGGGGAUCCUUAUCCCCAGUGGGGAAGGCCGUGGUAUCCAAUCCCAUCACUGGUGAAUAUGUGUCCCUCAGUGAGCCCUGGGGUUACCUAUAUCUCCAAUACUCUGGGAAACAGAUCUUUUCUCUCUUAGUCACUCACAUAAUUUUCUGUCACUGCUUCAUAAUUUACUUUGUACCUUGCUUGAAGCUACUUAUUCUCGGACUCCUCAGCAACCUCACUACAUCCUUCUCUUCUCAUACAGCACUCCUGUCUGCUUACGAGGGCAACUCCCAAAGCUCCCUUGGCUUUGGGCUCUGCUCCCAGCCAGCAAGGGCCUCUCAUUCCUCUCACCACCAUCAUUGCCUUCUAUCCUACUCGCCCCUCUGCACAUCCCCUAGUUUUCUCGCCUUGACUUUUGCUUCUUUUGGGGACUCAUUCUUUGCACCAAGGCUCACGUGCUCCUUGCCUCUGCUCUGUGCAUGAUCACACUUCCAACACGUGCAGUCUCUCCCUCUUUUUCCCACAAACUCAUGUGCACACGGGUUGUUCAUGUGUGCUCCCCACAGUCACAUGUGCUGUAUAUCCUCCACACAUAGCUACUUGUGUGCCUCGUGUGGUCAUGGGUGUGUCCUCCUGUGGUCAUGGGUGUCCCCUCAUGUAGUCACAGGUGUACCCUCGUAUGUGUUUGGGUAGGCGUGUGCAGUUUCUCUAGCAUGCUCAGUCCUGACUUCACUGCCUGCACACAUCCAUGUGUAUGCAUGUACCGUAUGUACCCUCAUGGUACCUUGUGUACCGUCUUCCCUUUGCACCUUAAAAUCAUUGUAUUUUUUCCAACAGAACCAUGUGUACCAGCCCUGCACCUUGUUAUGCACUUUUCCCCAGUUCUUGAUUGCUGGGGCUGUCCACACGCUCUGUUUUCACUCAAAACUUUUCCCCUUGCUUCUUUGUAGUCAUAUACCACUCUCAGUCCACACACAUAGUCACCCUCUCCCAAGAUCACUCCCUUUGGUUGUGUGUUUCUUUUGGGGAGCAGAGAGGGGUCUGAGGGAGUCAUGGGGCAGUUUUGGAGAGCUGCUGCCAGUGGAUAGUUGGUGAGAAUUCUGACCAAAGGAAGGCACCCCUGACUGCUGCGAUGGACAGAUUGACCUGUGGGGCAGGGGGUGGUAUGUCUUUCACACUGUGUAGUCUCUUGCGGAAGGAUCUCCCUGCAUCCUCAAUAAACCAGUGAACAGUGUGACUCA